CUCGAACCCGAAAUCAUUGCACACCUUGAUUCGCACGGAAUUUCACAGGAUGCUGGAUUGAAAUUUCUGAAAGAAGCUGGAGCGGCUAUGGAAAAGUUGCAUCAGGCCGAGGCGCAGUCUUUGGUAGGGCAAAAGAAGGACGAAAAUCCGGAGGACGAGAGAGGUAUAAAAAAGCAAGAAAAUAACACCGUCACCGACGAGCGCAACCAAGAACAAGAAGCUUCUGUAACUCCUACAAUACCAGGAGAAGCUCAGCAACCAAGUGAAAGGAAUACGAAUGAAGCAACCGCAGAUGCAGUACAAAGAAUUACGGAACAUUUGGAAUCCCAUGGAAUAGACCGUGAAAGAGGCUGGGCCUUCGUGCGCAAAGUGAAGGCGGCCGUAAGCAUAUCCAGGAUCCUUGUAAGGCAUGCGAAGGCGAAAAAUAAUACGGAUGAGGCAGGCCCCCCACAAAACAAGCUUGAGAAGCCGGCGUCUUUUUUCAAUGGACUCGCGAUUUGUGGAACAUUGAGGUAUAUUUUCACAAACACAGACAGAUUGAUCAUGUGUAGUACAACCACUGCUAUCCGGUAAUUGAAUAGUUCCGAUUGAAUGGUUUGCUCUUCUCUUUCACUUUUCGUUCCGCAUUUCAUCAUGAGUACCUCACUGUGACUAUGACAAUGAUUUCGUGGCAAGCCAAAGUCAGACUGAAAUUCGUCUUUCAAUGACAGGGUACCACUGGAAUUCGAUGGAGCAGCCAGCCCAGCAUCACUGGCGGAAAUCAAAGCGAAAGAGGACCAGGGCGCAAGUUAUGUCGAUCCCGGGAGCGGUGAUGCUGCCGAUUAUCAAGAGCUACAACGAAGAGUCGCUCGCUUGAGGGAGG